AUGGCAGAAGCCGCAGGCCUAGCAUUCGGCGGCGUAGGACUUGUCGCGCUCCUUGACACAGCAAUGAGCACGUUCGACAAGAUUGACGCCGCCAAAUCGUACGGCAAAGACUACCAAAAGCUAGCUCUAAAGGCCUACUUCCUCCGCCUCCGGCUGUCAAGGUGGGCCGAAGCUCUUCAACUCGUAGACAAGGCUGCCGAUGAGCCCUGUUAUUAUAACCCAGCUGGCGUCCCGCUUGACGAUCAAUCCAAACAAGUUGGAGCACCGGCAACCGGAGGGCCGCUCAAUGAGACUGAGUACGACAAUGUGCGACAGCUGUUGGGCCAGAUCGGCAGCGAUAUUGAGCGGACGAAACGUUAUGCGGAGCGCUAUGACCAGAUAAAAACCGGUGGACAAGUCACGACGCAGGACCAGAGGGAGCUCGACAUGAUCGACAAGCUGAUUAGCAAGGUGAACAGUUUGGCUCUUAAGCGGCAAAAGGGGACUUCGAUUAGCCGAAAAGCUCUUUGGGCCGUUCGUGAUGGAGGGAAGUUCAGGAAUCUGCUUGAGCAGAUUGACGAAAGCCUUACGGACUUGGAGAAGAUCUUCCCGGAUGCAACGAAGGCGAAGCAACGCCAGGUGCGAGAUGAGCUGGUGAAGACCGACGCAGAGGAGCUCGUACGACCGUCAGGAAUCGAGGAACCGGCGGAUGAUGGGCAAGCGACCAUGGCGGUGUUGGCAGAAGCCACCACUGGUGUCGAUGCUCUGCUGCAAGAAGCGAUUAAGAAGGCCGUUCCGGGCGACGACUUGAAGAACCGCUUCGAGUCUGAAGUCGUCAUGAUCGAAAACGUGAGGCUCAGCCAAGGUCUGGAAGUCAUGUCCGGGUACGUUGGACCGACAAAUGUUGGUCGUACAAGCGUGUUCAGCGGCAGUAUGAAAGGCUCUGGCAAUGCUCGCAUCUUCCAGGGGGAGUACUAUGGUUCCAAGCGUGUGUUUGACGAUUAG